AAUUUUUAGAUAAAGCAAAAUGUCUAGUCACUUUGUUUGGCUAUAAAAUGAAAAGGUUCACAACAAAAUUCGAUAAUUUAAAAUAAUAACAGCUUUAUCGUAAUGCAAGUAGUAACUGUGUUAUUAGUACUGGUAGUGAGUUCUACCUAUGCCCACAUUGUUAGGGAUCGCAUAAAGAACUCUAAAGUUAAUAAAAACAAACGAAUUUUCGGUGGUGAGCCUGCAGAACCAGGAUUCGCAACAUAUCAAGUGUCAAUACAAACACCAUUAUUCGAACACAUUUGUGGAGGAAGUAUUAUCGGUGAUCGAUAUAUUCUUACUGCUGGACAUUGUAUAAAAAACUACAUUAACAAGCACAGAGAGUCAGAAUUGCAAAUUGUAACUGGAACCAAUCGUUAUGACAAACCUGGUGGAGUAUAUUAUGUUAAGGAUUUGAUUCUUCAUUGCAACUAUGGCAUCAAGGAAUACCACAAUGAUAUUGGGCUGAUUCGCCUAAAUGAGUCAAUAGUGUUUAAUAAAUUCACACAACCAAUUCUUCUUCCAACUGAACCUUUGAAAGAUGGUGACGAAGUUGUGCUAACUGGAUGGGGUAAUACGGAUUAUAUCAAUGAUCUUCCGGAUGAUCUUCAAAAGAUAACACUUAAGUAUGUUCCACGAAAAGAAUGCCUAGAAGCUUUGGAUAACAAUCCAGGACUGGAUAUUGGACAUAUUUGUACUUUUACAAAAGAAGGAGAAGGUGCUUGUUAUGGUGAUUCGGGAAGUCCAUUGGUUAAGGACGGUUUUGUUUUUGGUGUUGUGAAUUGGGGCUUCGCGUGUGCAACUGGUAAACCUGAUGCACAGGCGAAUGUGCACUUUUACAAUGAUUGGAUAAGGACUCAAAUGAAAGAUUAAUGGAAUGACAGAUAUAUCAAAUAAGAAGCACGUGUGGAUAAAUUCAUUUAUAAUAUCAAAUUUAAUUUUAAUAAAAAAAAGGCUUAUUUUAAACUGGUAGGAAAAAAACUCGAAUUUUGUAGCUGGAGAUUUGCUUUAUCAACUACAGUCAAACAAUUUUCCAACAAAAUAUUCCACUUACCGAGAGUGGUUGAAAAUUUGCAGCCAGCUCUUAGACCAUAACAAAAUAUUACUCACCUUAGUGAUAUGCAAUGUUUUUUGUCACUUAUUUGUUGUAGUAAUAUUCCGAUAUAAAUGAUUUUUAACGUAUAUCCAAUAGG